GAUUAAUAAUACAAUAGAAAAGAAACUGCGCACGAAGGCUGGCAAAGUACUUUAGCCGUCGAAGGUUGCUGUGUGUUUGUACCAGAUUCUGCAACGAUUUCAUCUCAUUUUCUGCUUCAGCCAUGUAUUCGCGGAUCAUGGAUGGCUUCAACUCUCUGGAUCCCUCCAGACUCCAGAUGUUGGCUGUAUCCGUAGCUGUAGGAACGGGAGGUCUUUUUGUCUACUUCCUUGCCUACCGAAAGAAAUCCCACACCCUCCCAAUGGGAGAUGGCUGGUGGGGGGCCGGUGAGAGAUCCUUCUCUGAAGAUGAAUCAAUUCGCAGUUUUGAAGUGAAAACAUCUGAUGAAGAAAUACAGGACCUGUAUAGACGCAUUGACCAGAGCAGAUUUACUCCACCACUAGAAGACUGCAAGUUUAACUAUGGGUUUCAUUCCAACUACCUCAGGAAGGUGGUUUCCUACUGGAGAAAUGAAUAUGAUUGGAAGAAGCAAGUCAAGGUCCUCAAUAAAUUCCCACAUUUUAAAACCAAAAUUGAAGGUCUGGAUAUUCAUUACAUUCAUGUUCGGCCCAAGUAUGUUCCUGAUGGAUGCAUAAUGAGGCCCUUACUGAUGGUGCAUGGAUGGCCAGGAUCUUUUUUUGAGUUCUACAAGAUCAUUCCCAUGUUAACUGAAAGCAGUGAUGGGUUUGUAUUUGAAGUCAUUUGCCCCUCCAUUCCAGGCUAUGGCUUCUCAGAUCAUCCACGUAAGAAAGGGUUUGACUCUAUUCAAGCAGCUCGCAUAUUUCAUAAACUGAUGGAGAGACUGGGUUUUAAAGAAUUUUAUACCCAGGGAGGAGACUGGGGGAGCCUUAUAACUACCAACAUGGCGCAGAUGAAACCUGAAACUGUGAAAGGCCUGCACUUGAAUUUCGGCUUUGUGUCUAAAGGUGGCUUGAAGAUGCUUAUAUCUUUGCUGUUUGGUGCAUAUGUUCCUUUUCUCGUGGGAUUCACAAAGGAGGAUGUGAAGCGCGUCUUCCCUUACAUGCAAAAAAAUGUCUAUGAGAUGCUCUUGGAAUCGGGCUACAUGCACAUCCAGGCCACCAAACCAGACACUGCAGGCUGUGCACUAAAUGACUCACCAGUGGGGAUGGCAGCCUACAUUCUGGAAAAGUUUUCCACUUGGACUGAUAAGGAGUUUAGAGAGCUGGAGGAUGGAGGGCUAGACAGAAAGUACUCCUUGGAUGAACUUCUUACCAAUGUCAUGAUAUAUUGGACCACAAGUUCUAUUGUGUCCUCCAUGAGAUUUUAUAAAGAGAAUGUGGGAAGAAAUAUGGAAAAAAGACCUGAUGCCAGAAUUCCUGUUUACAGCCCAACCGGAAUCUCUGCCUUUCCCAAUGAGCUGUUACACUCACCCUCUGUGUGGCUUCAACAGCGCUACAAGAACAUUGUGUCCUACUCCUACAUGCCUCGCGGAGGCCAUUUUGCUGCGUUUGAGGAGCCGAAGCUCUUAGCAGACGACUUCAGGCAGUUUGUGAAGAAAGUGGAGAAAUGAAGCGUUGUAGAAGUACAACAUGUUCACAGGUUUUUGUCACUGAGAAAGGUUUUAUUGCUUUCCAUAUCGAAAUAAAAGAUAGCAAUUGGAGAUGCAGACACCUGUAAUGUAAUUGUGCUGACCAAAUUUUCAUUAAAAAUAAGCACUAGAGUUACCUCUCUGUAUGCACUAUA